AUGCCGACCGCCGCCUUCGCACUGGCGUUGGCCGCACCCCUGGCGGGGCAGGCCCGUGGAUACGGCAUCGACUACGUCUUGCACCUGGUCUACCUGGACUCGUUCCUGGUCCUCUUCGUCAUGUACCUCGGUGCGGUUGGGUCUGGCCCCUUGCCAGCUGUGAAGCGCAAGCUGAAUGCGACAGGUCAGAUCAUUGGCCGCGGCUUCGUUCCCCUGGCGCAGCUGGCCUGGCGCUCGUCCCCGGGCAGGGCGCCGGGGGCCGUGGCCGGUCGGGAGAACCUGCACGAGGCGUACGCGUCCGUCCCCCACGCGCUCUUGCUCCAGGCCCUGCGGCCGUACUUUGUGGACUGGCUCGGCGUGCCCGAGCGGCUCUCGGCGGCGCCGCAGGGCGGCCCGCGCGGUGGCCCCGGCCCGGCCCCGCCCGCCGCGCAGGGCGCCCGCGCCGCCUACGACGACCUGUGGCACGCGCUGCGAAAGAGCAGCAACGACGAGGCUGAGGACGUGUCCGACCGCUUCUGGCACGAGCCGCUCCUGCUCGUUCCCGCCGGCGGCGGCGCGGAGGGGCGUUGGUGCACCGCGCGGCAGGCCAUCUGGGCUGCCCCAACAGAGGGCGUGCUCGACCUCGUCGCCGACAACCCGAGGAACGACGACGACGACAAAGGCGCCCGAGGGCUGGCUCGAGGCCGCGCGGCUGGAGCAGCUGGCCCCGCACUACGGCUCCGACGCCGGUCUCCGGGAGCUGUUCACCGAGCUCCUCGGCGUGCCGGUGUCGGCGCGGUUCGUGGAGCGGCCCGAGGAGGAGGGGGCCGAGGAGGAGGGCGCGCUGCCGUGCGGCAGGAGGGCCGUGGGGCAGCCCUGCUGGCUGGUCGUCGCCUGGGGCGGCCG